AAAACAAAGCAUGAACAUUAUCAGAGCGGUCUUAAGAUUUUGACAUAACCAAAAGGUGAAUUAAGGAAACAGUGGGCUGGUGGUCUCCUUAUUUGCCCCUUCCUCCCAUUACUCCAAUUUUGCUGUCCUCAAUGGCUUCUUCGCCCUCUGAUUCGCAAGUAAUAAGGAGGAGAAAAGGACCCGCAUUUGAGUAUUUGCUUCCCCUUAUUUAUGCACCUGUCCUCCCCCUCAUUAGGAUAGCGCUGAGGCACAAGCCAGUUGUUAGGGAUCGUUUGUUCUAUGGUGUCUUGGCUGGUGCUUUUGCCCAUGGCACUUAUUUAGUUUCAGUACAGAUCUAUAUGAUGCUGAGAGCAAGUGAUAUGGCAAAUCUUACCUGGAGAUAUCUUCUUCGUUGUCGUGUUCUUCUACAUCAAUCUUUCCUCUGCUGAAAGGAGAUGCAAUUUGAUAUUCUGAUGACAUUUCUUAGACUGCACUAUAUGUGCACGAGACCAUGCUUGUAUCCUCUGUUGAGGGGUAGAAUAAAUUCACAUUGAAACAUUUGCUGUUUUGAAUCAUUACUUAGUUUGAGAAUUUUUGCUGAAACAUAUGUAGCUGUCGUAACUAAGGAAACCCAUAGUAUGGUAUUGCUCUAGGUUUA